AUGGCGACGAUUGCUGUGGCUGGUGGCACCGGUGGGCUCGGAAAAGCCAUUGUCCGGGCUUUGGUGGCCGAUGGCAAAAAGGUCGUGGUGCUGAGCAGAAAGGCGUCGGAUAAUGAACAAGGUGCUCCCGUCGUCCAGGUCGACUAUGCAGAUACAGCCUCAUUGGAAGAGACGCUCAAAUCCCACCAAGUCGGGACCGUCGUCUCAACUCUGGCCGUUAUUACCACCAACGAGGCCGAGCUGAACUUGAUCACAGCUGCCGAGGCCUCACCGGUCACUAAGAGAUUCAUCCCCAGCUCCUGGGGGAUCGCGUAUACGGAAAAACAUGGAAAAGCAUUUCCGCCGGCCGGCUUGAAGCUCGAAGUUCUGUCCAAGCUCAAGAAGUCGAGUCUGGAAUGGACUCGGAUCAACAAUGGCUAUUUCUUGGACUACUGGGGCUUUCCCAAGGUCCCGUCAUUUCUUCCGCCCAUGACAGCGGUGGUCGAUCUCAGCAGCAACACGGCCGGCAUCCCAGGCGAGGGCAACACUCCGGUCGCCUUCACGCACACGUCAGAUAUCGCUCAAUAUGCCUCCAAAGCCCUCGACCUUCCCCAGUGGAAGCCUGAGAGUUACGUGGUCGGCGACAAAGUCACAUGGAACGAGUUCGUCCAGCUGGCAGAGAAGGCUAAAGGCGUCAAGUUCAACGUCACGCACGACUCUCUUGAAACCCUUCGGAAGGGACAGAUCACGGAGCUUCCAGCACAAGUCCCCGCCUACCCGUUUUUCCCCAAGGAGCAGCUCCAGGGUCUCUUUGCCAUAUUCGGGUUAUGGUUUGAUGAUGGAUCGUUUGAUUUGCCCACGCAGCCGGAAGAGGGGAGUGUGGAUCUGAACACCAAAUUCCCCGACAUCAAACCUUUGACGGUCAAGGGCUUGUUUCAGCAAUUGUACUCCAGCUCUUAG